AUGUCACGAUUUAGUGGAGCGCUACAACUCACGAAUUUAGAUGAUUUCAUCACACCGUCGCAAGAAUGCAUCAAACCCGUUGAAAUUAGGAAAGGCAAAACAAAAACAGGCUCAAAAAUUACAAUCAGUGAGGAUGGUGUUGAUAUUGACUUGAGUCGUCCGCCAAAAUUGCAAAAGGUCGAAAUUACAUUGGGCGAUUGUUUGGCGUGCUCGGGUUGCAUUACAUCGGCCGAAGGCGUUUUAAUUACGCAGCAAAGUCAAGAAGAAGUGUUGAAAGUGCUGAAAGAGAAUGACGAGAACAAAGCGGCUGGCAACGAUGCACAAGUCAAAACAGUUGUGUUCACCGUGUCACAACAAUCGAUUUUAUCAUUGGCCUAUAAAUACGGUUCGACCGACUUUGAAGAAAUUGCCCAGCGUCUGACGGGCUAUUUCAAACGGCUGGGUGCCGAUUUAGUGCUGAAUACCAAAAUUGCCGAUGAUUUAUCGUUGAUCGAAAGUCGAAAUGAAUUUAUGGAGCGUUAUAAAUCAGUUGUACUGAACAAUGAUGCAGCCAAAUCAACACAGAAUUUAAUGCCAAUGCUAAGCUCCACAUGCCCUGGCUGGGUAUGCUAUGCGGAAAAAACGCACGGCAAUUUCAUCUUACCUUAUAUCUCAACAACACGAUCACCGCAACAAAUUAUGGGUGUGUUGGUGAAGCAAUAUUUGUCGCAACAGUUGAAUGUCGGUGCGGAGCGCAUUUAUCAUGUGACUGUAAUGCCGUGCUAUGACAAAAAACUCGAAGCAUCACGUGAGGAUUUCUUUAACGAGGCAAUCAAUUCACGAGACGUUGACUGUGUCAUCACAUCGAUUGAGAUUGAGCAAAUGUUGACGGGUGAGAAUGUAUCGUUGCUCGAUGAGAAUACCGUGAACAUGGAUUGGCCAUGGAAAUUGGCCACCGCACCACCAACACAUUCAAUCUAUGGAUAUGAAUCGUCUGGCUCGGGUGGGUAUGCUGAGCACAUUUUCAAAUACGCUGCCAAAGAAUUGUUUAACGAGACCAUUGACAAAGUGGAAUUCAAAGCCUUACGAAACCCAGACUUCAGAGAAGUAUCGCUUGAACGCGAUGGAAAGACUGUACUGAGUUUUGCCAUUGCAAAUGGCUUUCGAAACAUUCAAAAUCUCGUACAAAAACUUAAACGUGGCAAAUCAACUUAUCAUUACGUCGAAGUGAUGGCAUGUCCUUCGGGCUGUUUGAAUGGCGGCGCUCAAAUUCGACCCGGAAGCGGUGAUAGUGUUCGCGAGAUGACAGCUCAACUUAUGGAAUUUUAUGAAAAAUUACCGCAAUCCAAUGUACAAAACACCGACACAGAUCAAAUUUACAACCAGUUUCUCGACGGUGUCGACAGCGACAAAGCCGAAACGCUGCUACACACAACCUAUCAUGCCGUCGAAAAGAUGAACACAGCAUUGAACAUUAAAUGGUGAUGCGGUGGAAAAUAAACAAUUUGGGCGAUUUUUUUUCUUCUUGGUUUUGGCAUGUAGUAAAUAUUUAUUCCAAAAAAUACAAGUAUAAAUUUGUAACAAAGCAACAGAAGGAAAAAAAAGAGAGAAUAAAACGACGUGAUCCAAAAAUCGAGUUAUAUCAUUUUAUAUAAAUGUAGUAGUAGUCUGUGUUUUUGAAAGAUAUUCGCAUGCAUAACAAAUAAAAUUCCCGAACGAAUCGAGACGAGAUGUUCAAUUAAUUUGUAUUCAUUAAAAUUCUAAUUCUACAUUGUAAAGUUUCUUUUUAUUUUUGUUUUAUCUAAAUUCCUUUUUGUCUCUCUGAAUCGAUUAAAAAUAUGUAUAUUAAUUUAUAUAGACUUUGUAUUUGGUAUAUGAAACAAUUAAAGGCCAUUAAAUGCA